CCAGAUCUCUGUGGGGAGUUCUAUAGAUUGUUUCCAAUAUCGGGCUAUUGUAAAUUGGGCUGCUAAUAACAGAAAAAAUACUAAAUGUCUGCAUAUAAGGUUACUGUUUAAAUGUUAUUUAAACAGGAGGAGGACCAGGGCGCAACCCAGCGCUUCCCGGACAGCAGCCGUGGCAGCGGAGGGUGCGUGGCCCAGGGGGGCUGGAGCAGGCGAGUCGCGAAGGGCUCCCCGUCGCCGUCCGGGUCUCUUGCCCUCCCCUCCCAUGCCCUCUCCCCUCCGGGAUUCCCUUUCGCUUCCGGCAGGAGCGCUGGCUGGAACCCCGGGGGAGGCGGGACGAGGCGGGCGCUGGCCGAAUUUGCCCUUUCUUCCUCCCCACCCACCAAGCGGAGUAGCCCGUCGCCCAAGCAGGCAGCAGCGGCAGGGGCUCUUGGACUCCGGGCAGCCAGGCCAAGCCAAGCGGGGCUGGCGGACGGGUGUCUCCUGAGCUCCGCUUUGCUUGGCUCCGCGCCUGGCGGCCGGGCUGGCACUGGCAGAAGGAGGGAAGCGGGCCGCUCGACGGUGCCACUUCCCGGCAGGGCCCGGCGCACUUUGUUCCCGACUCUCCGGAUGGCCGACGGCGGGACGGGCUUCGGGGGCCCCCGGAGGAAGCCCUGCCUCCUCCUCUCUGUCUUCCUCGUCUGCUCGCUUUGGCACAACGUGUCUUCAAAGGACAUCCAGCCAAGUUGCCUCACAGACUAUGAAUCCGAAGUGGUUUGUCACUGGGAAGUGGACGCCUCCACCGACUGCCCCAAGGAGUUCCUCCUGCGUGUUGCAACGACUCAUGCACUUUAUGGCCCAGGGCCAUCGUGGGUUUGUUCUCCUAAGAACAAGAGAGGCCUGGAUGUGACCCCCAAGUGUACUUGCAGCAUUCGGUCUGAGGUACUGCGGACCUACAAGUAUCAUUUCUCCCUGGAGGCCGAGAAGGAGAUCUGGAAGAAGAGUGUGGACCCUGAUGACAUUGUAAAACCCCGACCGCUUGUCAACCUGACUGUUAAGAGGACGGAUGACUCGUACAUCUUCACCUGGGCAGAUGACUAUAAAGAAGGGAACCUUCUUCAUGAAAAUCCAGAAACAGUCUAUGAAGUUGCCUAUUGGCCUAUAAACCAGACGGAAAAGAUACACGAACACAUUACGCAAGGUUUUCAUCAUAAAAUCUUCGACGAUAACCUCAUGCCAGGAGCCACCUAUGUUGCAAAAGUGCGGCAGAGAAUUGCUUUGUUCGGGGACACCUGGAGUGAUUGGAGUGCUGAGUACACAUGGAAAAAUGACAUUGAGCCAAGCUCUGGCUCUUUCCUCUGGAUUUUCAUCCCGUUGCUGUGUGUGUUCAUCAUGGCCCUGGCUACCUUCAGCUUCUUCUGCGUCACCAGGGUGAAGAAGGGAUGGUGGGACCAGAUCCCAAACCCCGCCAAGAGCAAAGUAGCCGCUGGUGUGACAGCAGCGGUGGCACCAUUUGGAAACGUGGGCCUUGAGCACCCUGUGCAUAUUCACAGCUGCAUUGCAUCUGCCAAGUCAGAAACUCGGAAAGAGGAAGACUGCCAGGUCCCUCAUGAAGACGCCGUGGCCAAGCUCUUCAGAGACCUUCUCAGUGGGGACUUGAGCAGUGGAGGCACCGGUAUCCUGGACGAGCACCCCCUUCUCAAGGACCAGGCUCUGGGGCACAUGCAGAGUGUGUUUUCCUUUUCUCAAGAUGCACCGCUGGACAAGCACAGGGGUGUUUUGGAGACCUCUUCUGAACCUGUCUAUCACAACACCAGCACAGAGACGGUGGCUUCCUCCCAGCCAAGCAGUGCUGCCCUGGAACUGCCCCUCAGCACAGCCACCCCCCAGCCCUCGGGCUACAAGUGUUUCAGCAGCCUGGUGGCGGAGCCCAUGGCCGCCUUCAGCCAGGUCUGUGAGGAGGAGGAGCAGGAGUUUUCUCCUUUCAGGGACCAAAUCCAGCCAUUCAGCCAUGACGCAGGGCCUUGCCUUGCACCUGUGACCAGCAACCUGCACCCUGCUUUCCAGGGUAUCUUCCCAGAAGGCUCAGACUCACUUUGCUUUUCCUCCUGUAUGGCAGCUGCAGAGCGAGAGGUGAGGCCAGGCAGCCCCUCCCAGCAUGGGCCAGGAAAGUCUGGCCCCGGUCCAGUGGCCUCCCUCCUGGCUGGCUACCGCUCCUUCAGCUCAGCUCUCCAAGGAGGCACAGCCCCCCAGGGCAAGAGUGGCAGCGCUGGCAGCCGCCUAGACAGGCAGUCCCCCUACAAACCCUUGCUCAGCAUUGUCCAGAACAGCCCUGCAGCAGCCACUGGGGUGAGCAGGGUCCUCUUUCACCCUGGUUGGGGGGCUCAGGAGGUAAGAGACCCGGCCUGGCCAAGUGCACCCUGCGGGGCAGACCUGGACAUGCAACAGGUGGCUUCCAAUGGAUGCUUUAGGGAAGACGUGGCCAGGGACAAAGGCCUUUCAUACCCCUGAGGCCCCUUGUACCUCCUUAAUUCCGCCUCAACCAGGCAGUGACCUCCUCCAGGUGUAAUCCUCCCUAAAUCCAGAGAUCCACUAUGUUGCAAAUAGGAAAGCAGACCAACUGCAUAGAGCAGGCACCCCCAAACUUCGGCCCUCCCCUCCAGAUGUUUUAGACUACAAUUCCCAUCUUCCCCGACCACUGGUCCUGUUAGAUAGGGAUCAUGGAAGUUGUAGGCCAAAACAUCUGGAGGGCCACAGUUUGGGGAUGCCUGGCAUAGAGGAUCUGGGGGUUUAGGGAGGAGGAGCUAUGGGACAGCAGUCGAAGGAGGAUGCUGCAUGGGAGAGGGAAUUCAAGGAGGGACAAAAGGUGUUCACCAUCCCCUUUAAGCCAGGUAGGGAAGGGCCCUUACUAUCAACAGAGGACUAAGCCAAAGGCCAGCAAGGAGAGACACCUUCCUGAUUAUAGGCCGGUGUCUGUGUGGAAACUCUGAGGACAAGUUGAUGGACCCAAGAGGCCGCUUUUGGCACUUCUUACAUGAAUGGGGCCUCUCUUGACCCAGAUUGGCCUGGGGGCUGGAGCACCAGCUGUUCUUGGACUCAAGUUACUGGACAGUCACCUGCAAUGUAAUCCACACCUGCCUGUCAAGUGUUUCAGCUCUGCCUGCUGACAGGCUCUGAAUCUAGCAAGUGGCCAGCUUUUGCUCAGGCACUGCUUUGCUUUUUCAGAGAACUGUCUGCUUGACUUUCUUUUGUUGCUGCUUCUAUACAGAUAAGGAGGUCUAGCUUCAUAGAGCCAUAGCAAGCAACAAGGUCUCUGCGUGGUGGUAUGACUUCCUGUGCCCUCUGCCAGAGAUCAGAGAAGAGGAGGGGUAGCAGGCUGAAUAAAGGGAUGCUCCGGGACCGCUUUUGGUGAUGGGGAUGUCAGGAAGUAUCGCCAAGUGACUGAGACAAUACCAUUCUAGCAUUAAAGUUUUUUAUCCAUAUGA